AUGGCCGCACCCACGGCCUCCCUCGCCACCGUCGCGACCAGCACAUGGACGUGUGCAUCCUCUAGGAGCGCCGUCGGGGCCGCGGCGCGCGUCGCCACGCCCCGUGUUCGUCCCACGCGCGCUUCGUUCCUCCGAACCGCCGCCGCCGCCAAGGCGAGCGAUGACGCCUCCACCGAGUCCACGAGCACGGACAAGGCCUCCGAUCCGUCGUCUAAAUCCCCCGAGAUGUACGAUAACCUCGCGAAGAUUUUCCUGAACCGCAAGGAGGAGGACUGGCUCGGCCUCCUCGCGUCCAGCGAGCAGUGGCCGCAGCUCAAGGACGGCUUCUUCGCGCGGCUGAAGGUGCGCGCUGCGGAGGAGGAGGAUCCCGAAGAGAUGCUGAGGGUGUCGCGGGUGCUGCGUCUGCUGCAGGGCACCAGCGACAGGGUGAUGCAGCACGCGGCGCUGCUCGAAGAGGUCCAAUCCAAGGACGAGGACAUGUGGGAGGGGAUGGUCACGAGCCGACGCGCGGAGUUCACCACCGAGUUCUUCCAAUUCAUGCGAUUCAAGCUCGAGGCGCUCGUCCGCGCCGACGCCGCCAAGGGGGGCACGUCAUCCUCACCGCGCGGGGGCAAGACGGUCACCGCGGAUGAGCGGGCCGCGCUCAAGGGGGAGCGCGAGGACGCCGGUAAGGACGAGAGGGACGCCGACAAGAGGCGCGACGAUCUCGCGCGGCUCGCGUCGGUGCUGCUCACCAUCUGCGAGGCAUUUGACGAGGCCACCAAGGACCAGCAGACCCUGGAGGACGCCGCGGAUAACUUCAAGGAGCUGCUCGAGGUGGAGACGCUGGAGGAGAUGAACACCAAGAUCGACGAGAUGCAGGCGCAGGGUAAGCUGGACCCGGCGCUGGUUCUGACCGCGGCGAAGGCGUACAUGAGCGUCAAGGAAUCGCCGUACGUCGAGGAGGAGGUGAAGGACGUGAUGGCGCACCUGUACUUCAAGAUGAAGGAGACCAUGGGCCGGCAGCAGCCGAAGGAGGUGCGGAUACUGAAGUACCUGCUGUCCAUCGAGGACCCGCAGGAGAUCAGGAAGGGUCUGGAGGAGGCGUUCACGCCCGGACCGGAGCUCACCGUCGGCGAUGAGGACUACCUGUUCUGCGAGGCUCCCGUGCUGCUGCAGACGAUCGAGACGGUGCUGAAGGCGUACGACGCGCAGAAGGGGAAGGCGAACAUCACGGGGCAGGCGGCGGAGCUGAUGCAGCCGGAGGUGAUCGAGAAGAUGAAGACUGUGAAGUUCCAGAUAGAGGCGCACUUCAUGUAA